UACCAACGAAGAAGCAAAGCGUGGAUUCUAAGCAGAGAUCAGAGCAAAGCAGAGCGAGGAGCAGCAGCGCAGAAGCGAAUAUUCCAAAUGGGUCUUCAGGAGGAAUUUGAUGAGCAUGCUCAGAAGGCAAUGACAUUGCCGGAGAACACUUCCAAUGAGAACAAGCUUAUUCUGUAUGGAUUGUUCAAGCAAGCCACUUGUGGCCCAGUCAAUACCUCCCGUCCGGGGAUCUUCAACAUGAGGGAUAGAACCAAAUGGGAUGCAUGGAAGGCUGUUGAAGCCAAAUCUAAGGAGGAGGCAAUGAAUGACUACAUAACCAAGGUUAAGCAAUUGCUGGAAGAAGCAGCUCCCGCCAGUUGAUUGCCUGCCAGCUGACCAAGUCUAUCUAUGAUUUAGUUGUCUUACCUCUGGGCACUGGGAAAAAAUUCUGCUCAAUAAUUGGUUUAUCCAUCUGAACUGUCUCUGUGUGUAACAUUUGGGAAUAUUUACUAGUCUUUGGAAUUUCAAUCCUGCCCAAUUCAUGUUUGCACUGCUACGCACAUAUUUGAGCUGAAUGUUUCUCUUCUUUUGUUUCUUUCCUGUUCAAAUCAAGUGAAAUGUCACUAGAAAUACAACAUAUUGCAAUGG